AGGAGCUAUCAAGUCUUGGCCAAGAAGCACCCUCUCUCACGAAUUGACGGCUCGUCCUUGGUAUAGACAUACCGGAACAACGCGUCCUCGUCACAGUUGAUCACAUGGCUCCCAGCAGCUUCUCUUUUCAUCCUCCUGGACUCAGUGGGCACUUUCGGCCCUGGAGAAGACAUUCACUCCCAAUGCCAAGACCUUUAUCCAGUAUCUUCACGUCUCUUGGCUGCGGCCGACAACAAAACCAGUAGUAGCUACAUAUUCGAAGCUUUCGCCGCCCACCACUACUCUUGCUCGGCUACACUUUUGCAGCUUGACUCUUUCCACCAAACGUAUAUCGUGCACCAUGAAGUCUCACGCUCUGCUCAUCACCGCACUUGCAACGCCUAUUCUGGGCAGAACGGUUCACAGCGUGAUCGUCUUCAGUCGUCAUGGAGAUCGCACGUCAAAGGUCUAUCCGGGCUACCAGAUGACCAGCUUGGGAGCACAGCAAUGCUACAACUCCGGCUCCUUCUACCGGGAUCUCUACGUUGCCGAUGGAGCCCCAUCUCAGAUCGCAGACAUCUCUUCUACCCAAGCCGAUCACGCCCAGUUGUGGGCAUCUGCACCCGAACAACCCGUUCUCUUCCAAACCGCCACCAACUUUCUCCAGGGCCUGUAUCCUCCACUGCAAUCUCUCGACUCGAAUUUGGCGACGGAAGAGCUCGCCAACGGGACAUCCAUCGAAGGCCCACUGAAUGCGUAUCAAUAUGUCCACAUUCAAGGCGAGGCAGACAAUGCACCUGACACGAUCUGGUUGAAAGGCGAUGAUGCCUGCCCGGCGUGGAAUCGGGCAUCGAGAACUUAUCGUGAUUCCACUGAAUACCAAGCAACUCUUGCAAGAACAGCCGAAUUCUAUUCCCAGUUCGAUGGACUACUCGGACCAAUUCUCGGGGCUGAGAACGUUUCCUUUGCGAAAGCAUACGAUGUGUUUGACCUGUUGAACACCGCCAAGGUUCACAACGAGAGCAUCGCGGGACAGAUAUCCGACGAAAACUUGGAUGAGGCGAGAUAUUUGGCGAAUGAAUGGGAGUGGAAUAUGAACUACAACUCUUCCCUCCCCGACCGCUCGAUCGGUGGCGAAUCCCUCCUGGGAGGCAUGCUCCGCCAAAUCAAGUCUGUCGUCGAUGAUGAAGCCGCCACGAAAUUCUCUCUCAUGACUGGAUCAUACGAUACUUUCCUCGCAUUCUUCGGAAUCAUGGGUCUUCCGGCCGUAGAGCCCAACUUUUACGGGAUCCCCGAUUAUGCGAGUACGAUUACGUUUGAGCUCUACUCCGAAGCAGACAAUGCGACAUUUCCUGCAGCUGGCAAUGUCGACGAGGAACUUCUGGUGAGGUUCCUGUUCCGCAAUGGCACUGAAGCAGACUCGGAGUUGACGUCCUAUGCACUUGCGGAUUUGCCCGUCGAAGAGAGCGGAGGAGUGAAAUAUGGAGCUUUCCGGAAUGGAUUGGAAGGUGAUGCCAUGUCGAGCGUGGGCGCAUGGUGCCAGAGGUGUGGGAGUCAAGCAGAAUUUUGCUUGAGCGCUGAUGCCACCAUGGAUGGUGAAACAGCAUCCUCAUCCGCUGGCAACGAGAACGGUGGCCAGAACAGCGGUCUUUCGGCUGCAGCAGGUGGCGGAAUUGGCGCGGGUGUCACCCUGGCUGUAGUUGCUGCAGUGGCAUUGCUCGCGUGGGUAAUGUUGCGUAAGAGGAGUUCCGCUGUUGUUGGGGAAAAGGGUAGCCAGGACGACCUGUUCCACAAGAGUGUCAGUGACAGCGAGAGUGUAUGAGGCUCUCAACUGCGGACACUGCGGAAUGUGGAGCAUACAGACCGACACUCUGAGCAUCUCCGGAGUAUAAAAAACAAAAAAAAGCCAAGUUCAUUUUAGACAAAGAGUUCAAGAUGCCGUUCACUUGCCGCGAUCACCACACCCACGUGGUUGCCAAGGGUUGAAGUGGAAACUUGCUCAUCCAGCCAAGACUCUGCAACCUCUCAGACUCUCAGCAGCGGCCAGACGUCUGCCCUAACACGAGCCUUGCGCCUUUUUAGUCUUUUGUAGAAUCCUCAAGGCACAGACUGAUGCAGUAACUUGUCCGACAUGCUCCUGUGUGUGGCGUUGGCUUCCCUGCUCAAACCUGCUCACUCACUCAAUCACUCACUCACUCACCCACUGUUGAUUCUCCCUCCUUUAUUCACC